AUGUAUCAGCUGCAGGCUAAUUCAAGAUGUCUUACACAAUCCUGUUUCGAUGAAUACUUUGCCAAAAGAGUCAUUCAUGUAUUUAAGUCUCAUAGCACGUCUGAGCAUGCUAGCUAUCUUUCUAAACGUGGUCGAAAGUAUCUAGAGGAUAGCACACAAUCAGGUAGUGUUGAGGACAGCCAUCUGACCUUAGCAUCUUCCAAGAGAGAUCUGCGAAUUGGUAAAACUGCAGAGCGCCAAAACACUGGGGAGCAAGAAAUUACUGUGGGGAGAAAACGAGCUGUCUCUCCAAAUGCUCCAGUAUCAGUUCAAUUGCAUGAGUGUUCUAAAAAAGAUCGCCACAUUGAUAUAUCUGAAAAAUUAGGACUAAGUUCAGAGAAAGAACAACUUUUAUCCUCUAGUGGCUCUGUGCCUGUAAAACCUUCUCUAGCUGGAUCACAUGUUUCAACCCAAAAUCCUAAAAGGAGUUCUGCUUCUUUGAAAGAAAGUAUUGGGGUGAGUAGCAGUGGCAGUGCUGAGUAUUCUAAAGCCAACCAAACCAAUGUCAAGGCCCCUUGCAGCUUGGAAGAAACUAGUAGUAAGGGGGAGGCAUUGAUUGGAACUCGAAUCAAAUUGUUAUCUCCAAUUGAUAGAUGUUUUCACUCUGGCACUGUGGAUGGUUAUAACCCCGAAAACAAUAAACACAAGAUUGCAUGCGACAAUGGAGCUGUUGAACUAGUAUGCUUGGACAGCGAGAGCUGGGAGACUCUAAGUGAUGAUUCCCAACUGGAAAGGAGGGUUACGUUGGCAGAGCAUUCAAAUGGCAUCGAUUUGCAGCACCGUGGUAGAAAGAAAACUGCUGAUACAUUCGGUAAAAAUGUUGCUCAAAAGUCGAAACGUUUAGCAAAUAAGGAGAAUGGUAAGUUUCCAACAGAAUGA